AUGAAAAAAAUAAAGUGCUAUGGACGAUUUUUACCAGAACAAGAAUUUGAUAAAUAUAGAAAAGAAGAGAAAUAUUAUAUAAAAAAAGAAAAAGUCUUAACAAAAGUUUAUAACGAAAAUAAAUCAAAUUUAAAAAUUUAUAAUGACAUAUUUAAGGAAAGAAUUAAAAAUAUAUCUGAUGGAAUAAAUAACUUACUUGUUGUAUUAGAUAAUAAUGAAAAAGACUUAAAAAUGUUAACAUUAGGUAACUAUACUUCUUUAGGGAUUAUACAAUAUAUAAUAAAUGAUUUAGUGUAUAAUAAGAAAAAUGAUUAUAAAUAUGUUAUAAAAUUUAGCUAUUUUGAGAUAAUAAAAAAUUCUGUGAAAGAUCUCUUAAAAAAAUAUAUUUUUAUUGAAAAUAAUAUGAUUGAUGCUGAUAAUUGUUCGAGUUAUCUACCUAAAAAGUGUGACAAAAUAUAUUCUACAGAAAAUAACACAUUGAAUGUUAGAAUUCCCAUUCAUUUUUUAAAUAAUAUCAAAAAUGAAAACAAAUAUAACAAAUGUUGGAGUAAAAAUAUAGUAGAAAACGUUAUAAAAAAAGAAACUAAUAAUAUUUUACUUUAUGAAAAUGCUGAUAAUAUCAUAAAAGAAAAAAAAAUGCAAAAAUGCAAAAAACAUAGUACCAAAAUUAAAAAUACACAUAUAUGGGAAGAUGAUGAAAUUAAAAAAAUAUAUUUAAAUGAUAAAAAUAUAAAGCAUAUAUUUGAAUUACUAUGCAAAAAUAAGAAGAAAAAAGACAGAAGAAGUGUAACUUUUAAAAUUUUUGAAUUUAAAAUACAAUCAAUGAAAAAAUAUAGCAAUGAUAAUAAAGAUAUAAAAAAUAGUUCUAUAAUCAUAAUUGGAGUUAAUAACAUUAAAAAUGUAAAUUGUUUUAAAAAGAAUUUUUUAUAUUACUUUUUUGAAUUUUUUUUAAGAAUAAAAGAAAAUUCUUAUAAUAAAGAAAAAUCUUUUUUUGAUACUAAGAAAAAAGCUAUGAUAAUUAAAUAUUUAAAUAGUCUAAUAAAAUUAAAUAAUUGUUCUGGAUCUUUAAAUAUCUUAAAUUCUUUUUCUUUUGAAUUAAACUUCUUAUAUAUAUCGAAUAAUUUUUAUAAAUAUAGAAAUAUAAAUAAAUUUAUUUAUGUCUAUUUAAAAGAUUUAAAUGAAUCGGAAUACUUUUUAAAACCAAAUACAAUAAUGUAUUUAGAUAGUGAAUUCUAUAAAAUAACGGAAACUAUAUAUAUGUUUAAAUGUUUAUUAAAUUAUUACGAUGAGUUCAAAUCAUCAAAUAAAGAAAUUUAUAUAAAAUAUUUAAAUCUUGUGAAUUAUUUAAUAAAUUUAGAGUCAUCAAUUAUUAAUAUUCAAAAUAAAGAAACAUAUUAUUCUAUAGAAAAUAAUAUCAAUCACAUUUUAAAUAUAUACUAUAAUACCUCUGAAACAAAUGAAUGUGUUAAUAUAAAAAGAAGUUCUUCAAUUAAUAUGAGAAACAGCAUUGUUCUUGAUAAAGAAAUAAGAAAUAUAAAUAUAAAUAAAAAGAAUGAUGAUAAAAAAUCACAUAAUAAUAAAUUUAAAAAACAGAAUACUAAAUAUUUAGGGAAAAUCUACGAAGAUGAUCAAAAAAUUGAAAUCCCUAAAGCUUUAGAUAAUUCUAUACCAAAAGAAAAUUCUGAGAAAUAUAAAAUACAUAUAAAUUUAAAAAAUAAUAAAUAUGAAAUAUUUGAUAAUGAUAACAAUAAAAAUAAUAAUCUAGAAAAAGAAAAAAUUAAUUUAAAAAUGAAAUUUUGUAAAAAUAAUAGAGUUAAUGAAACAUUUUUCAAUGAUCUAACAUGCGAAAAUAAUAAAAUUAAAAAAAAAAAAUUGAUAAAAAAAAAAAAUUUCUUAGAAAAUGAUAUGAAAAAUAAUGAUUCUUAUAUAAAUAAUCUCAAAAACAUGAAAAUGAAUUUGUUAGAAACAACUCCUAAUGGAGAUAAUAUAAAUGAUAUGAUAAAAUAUAAAAUGAAAGAUGCCUAUUCAUUUAUUAAAAAUAAUAAUUUUAUAGACAACAGAAAUAUGGAUUCAUUAAAAUGUAAACUAAAAAUAUGUGUUCAUAAUGAUAUAAAUUUAAAAAAUGAUUUUUUCAAUAUUGAAGACUAUAAAGUAAAUUUAUAUUCUAAUAAAAGAGAGUUAAAAGAAAAAAAUAAGAAAAUAAAAAAUGUGAUAUUAAAAAAGAACUUAAAUUAUAAAAGUAUUGAUUUAAAAACUAGGAAUCUAUUCAAUAAUACUAUGAAUAACGAAAAUUAUGAUAAAUCUAUUGUUAUUGGGAAACAAAAAAAGAAAAAAUUUCUUUUUAACAAUGAUCUUGGCAUAGUAUAUUUAGAGGAGUCUAUUAGUUCAUCAGAAGAAAAAAAUAAAAAAAUUAUCUUAUACAAUAUUAGGGAAAAUAAAAAACUUCUAAAAAAAAUAUCUUCAGAUAUUGAAAAAAAAAAAAAAGUAGAUAAAAGGGCGAACAUUUUAUUUUCUGAAGUAAAUAAAUACUUAGGUGAAAGAUACGAUAAAAAAAAUUUAAGUGAUGAAAAGCAUAAGAUAUUGUUAAAAGAAAAAGAAAGGAGGGAUUAUCAAAAUAAAAUUAUAAAUGAAGAAAAACAAAUCAAGAAAGAAGAGAAAAAAAAGAAAAAGAAAAAAAAGAAGGAAAAGAAAGAAAAUGAGAAAAUAAAAAAACAUUGUAAUAUAGAAAAAAAUAUUAUAGAAAAUAAAAAUGGAUAUAAAAAAGAAAAUAGUAAUUAUCCUUUGAAUUUACAAACAAAUAAUAAUUAUGAAAAUAAUUUGUUAAGUAAAAAAAAACAUAAAAUGAAUAAAAUUUUAAAUCCACAUGAAAAUAAUAAUAGUAUAUCACUAGAUAAAAAAAUUGCAUAUGAAGAAAGCACAAGUUCAAAUAGUUAUUCAUCUAGUUUUAUUGCGGAUAAAAAAAAAAAAAAAGGAAAUCAUAAUUCAGACAAACGUACACCAAACUUUUAUGUAUUGCUUAAUUCAAUUGAUAAAAAUAAAAAAUACUCCACGAAAGAUUGUUUUAAAGACAAAAUUAAAUAUAAUUUUAAUAAUUCAAAUUAUAGUACUAAUGACAUAUUAGAAAAAAAGAAUAAUGUUGAAGACAAAAAAAAGAAGGAAUAUUGCAAUGAAACAUUAAAAAACUUAGACGACAAUUUUAAAAGUUCAAAUAAAGUUUCUACUAAAAGCAAACCCAAUAAAUCUAAUUAUAAUAAUUUUUUUUUUUCAAAUUCAGAAAUUAUAAGUCCAGAUGACGAAUUUGAAGAAACAAAUAAAAACAAAGUGUAUAUAGAAAAUGAAGACUUAGUUCAUAGAUAUUAUGAUAAAUACAAAACCAUGAAUAUUACUGAUAGAUAUAUUUAUAAAAAUAAAGAAUUUCCUAUUAAUAAUCAAGAAUGUUUUCAAGUAAUAAGCAGUUGUAAUAAGGAUAUAAAAAAGAAAAAGAAUUUAAGUAAAAAUAACUUAAAUGGGAAUAUUAUAGAAGUGUGUGAAAAACAAAUGCAUUUGAAUAAUUCUAAUGAAAGUGCAUUCUCAUUUUCAUCAAAAAAUAUAAAUGAAUUUUGUAUCAAAAAUAAUAAUUCAAGGAAUAAUCAAAAUAUUAACAAAGAAAUAGUGGGUAAAUUAAAUUUAUUUAGUUUAAAUAGUAAAUCAUCAUCUGAGGAACUAAAAAAAGAAGACAAUAAUAAUUAUGUUGAAGAAUUAGAAAAAGAAAAACAGGAAAACAAAAAAGAAAAUAAUGAUAUAGAUAAUGAAAUAAAUAAUUCAAAUAUAUCAUAUCAAUCUUCAACGAAUUACAAUAAUAAUAGCAAUGAAGUUUAUGUAAAAGCAAUUAACAAAAAUAUAAUACAUUAUCAUAAAAGUAUUAAAAAAUUAAUAAAAAAUCACAUAAAAUUACUGAAAAAAAAACAUAAGGAAGAUACUAAAGAUUUAAUGCUUUUAAAAAAGAUAAAAUUUGCAAAAGGUGUUUUAAAUGAAUAUGCAAAUUUAUUGAAUACUGAUUGUAAUGAUAAAGAUCAUAAGUUUUUAUUACGCCAUAUUAUUAUAGACAGUAAUAAACAAGGAAAAAUUGGAGAAAAAAACCUAUCAAAAAUGAAUGAAAGUAAUGUUAAUAAUAAUAAUAAUGAAGAUAAUAAUAAUAAUAAUAAUAAUAGUAAUAAUGAUAAUUAUAAUAAUAAUAAUAAUAAUAAUAAUAAUAAUAAUAAUAAUAAUAAUAAUAAUAAUAAUAAUAAUAAUAAUAAUAAUAAUAAUAAUAAUAGUAGUAAUAAUAAUAAUAAUAGUAGUAAUAAUAAUAAUAGUAGUAAUAAUAAUAAUAAUAGUAGUAAUAAUAAUAGUAGUAAUAAUAAUAAUAAUAGUAGUAAUAAUAGUAAUAAUAACAAUAAUAAUAAUGUAAAAAAUCAAUUAAAGGAAGUGUCAUUAUAUGAGUUAUCGAAUGAUAACCAUAGUUAUUUAAUGAAAAAGUUUAAUAUAUUUAGAUAUUUAGUAAAUGAAAACUCUGAAAAAGGUAUAAAUAAAAGAGAACAUGAAAUUAAUAAAAAAGAAAUAAAUAGAAGCAGUAAAAAUAUAAUGAUUAAAAAUACAGGAAGUUUAAAUGGAGAAGUUAAAGAUUAUGAAAAUAAAAUAAAAAAUGAAAAAGAAAAUUUUAUUUUAAAUUCAGAUAAAAUGCACUCAAAUGGAGGCAUGAAAGAUAAUGGUAAUAAUAGAAAUUAUAAUAAUCCAUCCUUAAAAAAAAUAAAUAAUUUUUUUGAAAAUAUAAAAGAAAAUGAAAAAUCUCCCUCAAAAUAUAAUCAUUAUUCACAUUUAGAAAACAAAAAUAACAAAAAAAUUAUUUAUGAUCCAAAUAAGAAUUAUCACAACGAUCAUUAUAAAAAAAGUUGCUGUAGUUAUAUUAAUAAUCCCCAGAAAAUGAACAGUAUCUAUGAUAAAAAUUAUUACGAUAAUAAAAACGCAAAAAGCGAAUAUGAAAAUAAUUUAUUAAAUAAAAUAUUUUCAGAAAAUGAAAAUUACGAAUCCUUUAAAAAUUUAAGUAAAAAAAAAGCAUCACUUACUAAAAAUGAAAGUUCUAACACCCGUACUCAUUGUUACAGUGAAACUCCUAUAACUGAUGAAUCCUUGGAAAUGGGUGAAUAUAUUUCUUCUAAGGAGGCUACUAAUUCUGAUUUUGAAAAUAAAAUUAUUUUAAAAGAUAAAGAAAAUGUAUUUCCUAAUGAUAACCUUGAUAGAAAAAGAAAAGACCCUAAAAAAUUAAUACAUAAAAAUAAAAGGCGUAGUUCACAUAACCAUUUUUUGGAUCCUUAUAAUAGGAUGAAUAUUUUUUCAUAUUUUUCCGAUGAUAAAAUAAAGGGCAAAAAUAAACAAAUUUUAUUUGGUAAAUUCAUAGAUACUGUAGAAAAAAACAGUAUAUAUAGUAUCGAAAAAAAAUUGAAAAGGCGUAAUCUUAUAAAUAAUAUGAAAUGUAGAGAAUUAGAAUUAAACGAAGAUGAAAAUAAUAAGGAUACAUUUUAUUUUAGAGACCUUGAUAAAACUUUUGAUUAUGAAAUUGAGAAUUUGUCAAGACACAAAAAGAAAAUAAUUGAUGAAAUAAAAAAUAAGAAAGAGAUGCUCAAAAAAUCCAUAAAAAAGGAGGAAGAAAAACUAAUUGAAAUUCAACGUAAAAAAGAAAAAAUGAAUUAUUUUUUAGUGAAUGAAUCAAAAAAAUAUAAAGAACAAAAAGACAAGGCCACAAGAGCUAACUGUAUGCUUCUUAAGAUACAGUAUUUGGAAAAGCAAAAAAAAAAAAAAUUAAAGGAAAUUAAAUUUGAACUUCAAAAACUAAUAUGCUUAAAAAAAAAUGUGUACACAUAUUUAAUGAAAGAAAAUAAUUUGAAAGUUAAAAAUUACAUAAAAAAUAAACGAAACAAAAAUUCAUCUGACUCAUCUUUAUGUCAUAUAAAUGAAAAUAAUAAGGAAAAUAAAAAUGAUUAUCAUGAGACAUACAGUUCCUAUUUUAGUGAAAUAAAUAAAAAUUACGAAAAAAAAAAAAGUAAAAUUAAUAAGACAAAUAUAGCAAAUGAAAAUAAACAAGAUGAUAGUAUAAUAAAAAUAAAAGAUUAUAAAAUUGAAAAAGAAGAAAGAAAAAGCAAUAAAUCUCUUAUGGAAGAAGAAAGUGAAGACAACAUAGAAAAAAAUUUUGAAAAAAAGUUACGAAUGAACAAAAAAAAAUAUGUACAGUUGUUGCGCGAAAAUAAUAGAAAAGAAAAAAAAAAAAAUGUUGCACAAGAUACUACUAAUUUUCCAAUGAAUAUAAAUUUAAAAAAAAAAUAUAUUGAUAAUAAUAAUAAUCUAAAUAAUGAAAAUAAUAAAAUAAAAAAUUCAAGUAUUUUUUCAAAAUUUCCUGAAAAUAUUCAGAAAAAUAAAAGAAAUAAAAAUAUUUUGGUUGGUAUAGAAAAUAAAAGAGAUUUGUCAUCUACAUUUUCUGAAGAAAAUUUGAAUGAAGUUGAUUUUCAUGAAAAAAAUUCAGAAAACUUAAGUGUAUUUCUUAAAAAAAAUUCAAGCAAAAAUACAUCAAAAGAUAGUAUCAUUAAAAAUAAUCAUAAAAUAAAAAUAAAUGACACUGACUUAUGUGAAAACCAUUUAAAAGAAAAAAAUAAAAUAAAUAAUACAAAUAAAAAAUUUAUACGAGUUAAUGUGCAAAAACAAUCUUUGGAUUCUCUUAAAAAUUUUGAUGAUACAAUAAACAUUAAAAAUAGCACUGAAAAUUCUUGUAAAUUAAAUUCAAGUGAAAUAAAUAAGAAAAAAAAAGACAAUAUAUGUAAUUUUAUAUACCACAAAAAUAACAACUUGGAUGAAAAUAUUUUUAGAUCAUACAGUUAUUCUAGUUGUGAAAACAACAUAAAAAAUGAAAAUAAAGAAAAUAUAAAAUUAACUUACAAAAAUAGAAAUAUAUGUAACUUACCUAUUAAUUCGAAUGAUUUUAUAAAUAAAUUGACUAAUUCACAAACUAGUAUAUAUAGCAACAAAAACUUAUCUUCUGAUAAUAUAUAUGAAAAAAAAAAAAAUCUGAAUAAUUUCUCAGAUAAAUUUUAUCAUAAAUCAUCAAAAAACAAAAAUAGAAAAAUACGUAACACGAGUAAUAAGAAGAAAAAUAAAUUAAACAUAGAUAAUUCAAAACUAGAGGUAUUAUCUACUUCUAAUUAUUCAUAUGAUAAAAAAUUAAAUAAAUUAGCAUUUGAAGAAAAUGCUAAAAAUACAAAAAAAUUUAAAGUAGGAUUAGAGAUUCGUAAAAAGAAAAACAAAAGAAAAGAAAAUUCUUUUCAUAAAAACUCAAUAAAUAAAAUUGGAAAUAUAAAUAUUAACAUAAAAAAAUUAAUUAAAAACAAAAAGGAAGAAAAUAAUUUUUCAGAUUCCAUAAGUUAUAUAGAAAAUAAAGAGAGAGAAAAAAAAAAAAAAAAUUUAGGAAAAAGGUUUUUGUCAGAAAUACCACAUAAUGGACUUCUAAAUAUCAACAUUUCAAAUAAAAAAAUGAAUCCAAUAAAAGAUAAUUAUUUACAUAGAAAGGAUUCUUUUGUUAAAAAUAAUCAACAAAUAAAUGUACCAUUAGAAUAUUCUUUAAAUAACAAUCGUCAGAGUUAUAAUUUAAAACCUGGAUAUAGGAAAAGGAGCUUUUACCAACCUUCAAAUAUUUAUAAUGAAAAUGUACCAAAUUCAAAUAAUGAAUAUAUGAUGUACAUAAAUAGAAAUAAUGGAAUUAUUUUUGAUUAUAAAAAUAUAAGUUCUAAUGAAAAUAAAUACUACAAAAAUAAUUAUUUUAAUCCUAACAAUUUAGUACAACAUGAAAUACCAUCUAGAAAUAGGAAAUGUAUUCCUGCAAAUAAUGAAAAUGCAAAUAUUAAAAAAAUAACUAAUAAAAAGAAUGAAAAUAUUGAUAAAAUUUCAAUUAAAACUACUAUAAAUAGGCCUAAAGGGGCAACCAUCCCUUGCAUUAAUUACGAUACAAAUAAAUAUAAAUUUAAAUUAGGAUGGUGGAACUUUGGAGAAAAGUCUAAGCUGUUCUCUAAAAUCGAAAAUUAUAAAGAAAAUGUAAAAGAAAAAUACUAUAAACAUAGAAAUGAAUGUAAAAACAGAUCAUUAACCACUACAACAAAUAAAUAUUUUACAAAAUUUUUGCCAAACGAAUAUUUUUAUAUUCCUGUUACAAAUAAAAACUAUUUUAAAAGUAAAAAUUCAUUACGCAUAAAAAGUAACCCCGUUAGUGAUUUUCAUAAAUUAAAUUUAAAACCUAUAACAGGAUUUAUGCAAUCAUAUAAAAAAGAAAAAGCAAAAAAAAGUGAACCACGGAAAGCAGUGAUAAAAUUAUCAAAGAUACCAUAUGCUAUAAAAGAUUAUAAAUAUAUAUAUGAAAACAAAAAUAAAAGUAAACAAGGAUUAAGCUUAGGAAAAGUAGAUGUUAUUAUUUCAGAUGAUGAAGGAUCUAACUUAAAUGAUACAUCAGGUUUUUUUGCCACAAUAUCUAAAAGAAAUGACGACGAAGAUAAAUCUAAAGGUAUUUUAUUUAAAUAUAGGAAAAAAUUAAAUGAUAAAAUCUCAAAUAAUGAUACAAAUAAAAGCAAAAGCAGAAAAAAGGGAAUUCAGGUGAGAUUAAAUAACGUCAUAUGUGAUAGAAAUAAAGAAAGAUACACUAUAAAUAAAUGUGUAGAAUCAUCUGAAGAAUAUGAAAAUUCUAAUGAAAAAUCAGAAACGGAAUGGGAGGAUAAUAAUAAUUUGAACAAAAAGAAAACUAGAAAAACUGUAGUCACAGUAAAAAAAUAUAAAAUAUCUUCAGAUGGAUCAAAUUUUUCAAAUCAAAUAAAUAAAAAUAAUAAAAAAGGAAAAUUAAACUAUUUAAACAAGAACGUAAGCAAUAAAAAUACGGAAGAACCUAUAAAAAAAUACAAGAUUAAACUUAAAACAAAAAAAAAAGAAAAAUGUCACAAUGAGGAAGCAAAUAGUUUUAGUUCAUCAUCUUAUAAAAAAAUUUACAGCAAGAAAUAUGAAGAAUCAAAUUAUAAAUCUAAUAAUAGUUCAUAUAGUAUAUCAUCAAUAAGUAGUCAAAAUAAAUUAAAUGAAAAUGAAAUUUAUGAAAAAGAGUAUGCAAAAAAAUAUUCUAAAAACAAUUUUAAUGAUAAUAGCGGUGGAACAAAUAAUAAAAAAAAUAGUAACGAACAAAGAAACUUUGUUGAACUAAAUUAUAAAAAUGUAAAUUUAAACAGAAAAAAAGGUUACUUUGAUUAUGAUAGUGUAUAUGAUGAAAAUGAUUCAAAUAGUUACGAAGAAAAUAGUUUAUAUAAUGAAAAAAAAUACAAUAAUAAUUUAAGGAUAAAUUAUUCGAAAAAAAAAUGUGAAAACAACAUAAAUAAAAAUUCAAAAAAUUAUUCAGACGAAGAUAUUUCAGGAGAUUAUAUGGGUAAAAAAUGCUCAAAUGCAAGUAGUUCAAGCCAAAACAAUUCAAGUGAAAAUGAUAAUUAUCAAAAAAAUGAAAAAGAAAAAUGCGAUUGUAAAUAUUCUCAUUUUAAUAGACAUUAUAAUUUUAAUAACAAAAAUUAUCAAGUACCAAAUAAAAACAUGCAAUAUCAUGAUUCACCAGAUAACAAGUAUUACGGUGAUUACAUAGAAAAAGAAUAUGAUGAAAACAUUUAUGAAAAUUAUUAA